GCUUUACAGACAAGCCCGCUAUCAGGAAUCAGCGUCUCUCGCCCCUUUCUCCUCUGAGACGCGUGGUGACGUUCUGCUUGAACCAAUUUUCAGCGUCAUCGAAGCUCCCGUCACCAGCCUUGUACCCUAAACCUCUCUCUUUCGCCAGCUCUUUGAUUUCUCGCUCACCCCAUCACCAAGUACUUUUAGCUACGAAUGCCGCUUUGGAGGAACGUUCACUUCUCCGUUGCCUCUAGAAUUGCCUCGCCUCGCCCCGCCACAGUUCACUGGACAGGUCCUACUCGCGGUCGCUUAUCAUUAUCGCCAUGGCCCUCACCGCCCAGCACGGAUUCGAAGUGAACUGACAUUGACCCAUAACUUCAGUUCUUUUAUAUCUAUAUUUGCUCCUGUAUCCUCCUCUCUCCUCACUGCGACUACCAAUCCAUGCCGACGCGCCGCACUGUUAUUUGAGCACGCUCCGCACGCAUUCACCCAAUAUCCUAACCCAGCACCCCUUCUUCCCAGAACAUGGCGGAUAUGGUGGAUAUUGAUACAAAGUCGAGCAUCGAACUUGGCUCUGUGGAUGCGAAUAUCCCAUCAGAAGCCCAAUUAGACGGGGACCAGUCGACCGUCGAGAUGCAAACAAAUCGACAAAAAGUCAAGCCAGAAACACCCUCGGACGCUGACCAGUCUAAGUUCGUGCCGGACGCGUCUCAUAUUCGGUCUACUGAUCCACUGUCGCUGGAAUACUGGGAAAAGGUUCUUGCGAAAUGCGUUCCCGAGACUCAGCUCAACGCCCCUGCUCCGGGUAGGAGGGAUACAUUCGCGUUAGGAAACGUGAUCAUCAAAAGCGAUCACCAAAGCGCUGAACCGACAGGGGACUACAGCUUUUGGGAUGAGAAUGAAGAGGCUGCUGUGAACUUGGUUGCGGGAGUUCUCCCGGAUGUCAAAUUGCCAGAAUACUAUCUAAGGACGAAAUUACGCGGUCGGGAUAUCCUGGUUCGGUCGCGUAUUCCCGGCGUUUCUCUCGAAGUUGCGUGGCCUAGUCUCAAUACAGACCAAAAGGCUAGCUUCAAGGAAGAGACACGAGACAUUGUGCGAAGAAUACAUCGCAUCAAGCCUAACGAGUUAAGGGCUUCGUAUGUUGUGGACUCAAGCAGCCCAGACGAAAGCACGAGACUCCGCCAGGACGAGCGCAAUAUCCUAUUUGGUGACUCUACUGCUGAAGAUGGUAACUACGGUCUAUCGCAUAACGACCUACUUCCGUCGAAUAUUAUUGUGGAGAACGGCAAAAUCGUUGGGAUUGUUGGCUGGUCCAAUGCUGGCUAUUUCGGCUAUGAAAAGAGCGGGAUCGUCCACCGCAGAAUCAGGUGUAAGGAUGACAAUGGAAACAUGAUCCAGGAAUUGUGGGAGGAGAGUUCACCUUGGCACGAUCUCUACGAUAUUGCUAGAGACGAAGAAAAGACGUUCUCGGACACAGCAGAAGUCGAAUCGAAAAAUGAUAGGCCCAGUGUCAAAUCGGAAGAACUGCUUCCAAACCUCAGUGCUGUUCCGUAUACGGCAACAAGCGAAAAUUUUGAUUUUCGAACGCCUAAAAAGAUUAUCGAUCUCAAGCAAGAAUCUGUUUCACGAGCUUCUUCUUCGGAGAGAUCCUCUCCGGCACCCUCAGUGAAAUCCACGAAGAAGCGUGCUGCUCCAGCCGCGACCAAAAAAGGACAAGCUGUCCGGAAGUCAGCUACAAAAAAGCGCAAGUUAAAUGACGCGGAGAGCAUUGAUGGAACUGUGGGAUCUCAACGAAGUUCGGCGACACCUGCUUCUCGCUCGAAACCCUCAAAACAGCGGAAUCGUAAACAAACUUCUGCAUCAAUAGCAAGCUCGCCUGCGCCGGAUGGCAAGAGGCGAGGAAAAUCUAACGAUUCGGAUGAAGACAUGGAAGAGGACGAAGCCGAUGCAUCAGAGUUAUUUUGUAUCUGUCGCAAGCCUGAUAAUCAUACAUGGAUGAUUGCUUGUGAUGGUGGCUGCGAGGAUUGGUUCCAUGGGAAAUGUGUCAACAUCAAACAGAUUGAUGCUGAUCUUAUUGAUAAAUAUAUUUGUCCCAAUUGUGAAGAGAAGCAGGGCAUUCGCACCACUUGGAAACGCAUGUGUCGACUUCCCGGCUGCCGCCAGCCUGCUCGUGUUACCGCAAAGACUCCAAGCAAGUAUUGCUCCGAUGACCAUGGUGUGGAAUUCAUGAAGAGAAAACUUCGAAUAGCCGAAAGUCGUUCUACUUCUUCCCAUAUACCGAGCGCUGCAAGCCGUGGAUCCUUAUGUCAAACCAAUUCGCGCCAGACGCACCAAGGAAAUGGAUAUGUAGAGAGCGGGUCGUUGAAUUCAAACGGGGAUCAAGUGACGAACGAAAUCGUUCGCGAUGCAGAUGAUGCCGGGGCCGAACGUGAAGGAACCGAGGAUUUAAUGAACAUCGGAGGGGUGCUAACUCCACGGGAGGUGAAGGCCAUGGCAGAUGGUGUCAAAUCCGCGGAAGAAUUUCGAAAAUUAGGCGAGAGCCUCUUGUCAACCGAAACCCAAGGACUCCAAUCACUCCGUGAAGUUGCCGAAUCAUUCGACCCAAAAAGCGAGAUGCCCGGUAAAAGCAUUGAUUUUGACCUGCUAGCCGAUAAUAUCGAAUGGACACCAGAAGAGCGAAAACACAUGGAUAGCCUCAAAGAGAAAAGAGCUGAUCUUCUUAAUCGCUCCCAAUUACUCCGUGAUCGCGAUAGGUUUCUAACUUUGGUACGCCAACGUGCCAAAAAUAUUCUAGAACGAUUACGGCAAAACGAUCCUAAAGGCUGGAAAGAUAUAUGCGGCUUUGAUUCUCGUUUAUCUUGGUCAGAUGAGGAAUUUGAUGAGUGGAGGCAAUCUGAGGUGGGGAAGAAAGCACUGGGCGAUGGCGUCCUUGAGCCUGAGCGUUCGGUUGAUAAUGCAGGCGACACAGAAAUGGCCGAUGCAGACAAGAACGAAGUGGACACCAUCGCUCAGGGGAUGUGUAUCAAGAAACGCUGUGAACAGCACAGACAAUGGGCCAAGGUUCAGCAGCAGGAUAUUCUUUUUGAACUAUCGAUAGUCAAAGACCAUUUGUCCAAGUGCGGAAAGACCGCUACUGAAGUUAUCGAGGGCGUUGUAUUGAGGGCAUAUGGGGAUCAAAAUAGGACUGUGGGCGGUGCAACUUAGCAUUCAACAACUAGCAUCAUGGGUGUUAUUGAUUUCUGCAUCUGAUCACUUAUGGACAACGGUAAAAGAUUCGGUGCAUGGCACGGUAUUUCUACCCUGUGCUUUUCUUACUCCUAUUACCUUUUGCAUUGUUUAUUUAAUAUACAGCAUCCUUUCUCUCCCUGCCUAAAUGCCGGGUUUCUGAUGUUCGAUGCAACAUCAUAUUGGUUUCUAAGCGGAGGCCAUGGGCGUCAGAACAACGGGCUUUUACGGAGUAUGCAUGUGUCUGGAAAAUAAUACCCUUCAUCUGUUUCUAGCAUUCUUUGGCAGAUACUG